AUGACAGCCUGCCAGGAUGAUCUUCUGAGGGAUCGCAUUGAAGAGCUGGAAGGCUUAGUGGCGAAGCAUCAGGAGAAGCUCUUGGUGCAGCAGGGACGAUUGGAAGAGCACCGCAGGCAAAAGAACAGACGUUUGCAAAGUGCGACGCUGCCUGCCAGCAUCCAUGGUGCCAGCAACUCCACUCGAGCCUACACAUUCGAUGAAAAAGUGGCUGGAGCCAUGGACCAGAUGUGGCUGCUGCUAUGUGGAGCCUUGGUCAUGUUCAUGCAGGCUGGCUUUGCCAUGGUGGAAAGUGGCACGUGCCGUGCCAAGAACGCGCAAAACAUUCUGCUGAAGAACCUCACGGACGUUUGCAUGGGAACCCUUGGCUGGUGGUUUUCAGGAUGGGCUUUGGCCUACAGCGGACCGUAUACCGACGAUGGCAUUCUGAAGAACGGCUUCCUUGGCUAUGAGAGCUGGUUCGGUGCUGGCUUCGUGACCUUCAAUGGCGACGGCAGCAUUGAGCCUACACUCAAUAUGGCGAAUUGGUUCUUUCAGUGGACCUUCUGUUCGGCCGCGGCCACGAUUGUCAGUGGCGGCGUCGCGGAGCGUGUGAACUUUCUCGGCUACUGUCGCUUGGAGCAUCGUCCUGGGACAGGUAUCUUCUCCUUCCUGAUGACCAGCUUCGUGUACCCGAUCAUCGUAGCCUGGACCUGGGGGUACGGCUUCCUGUCGACCAUCACUCGAACCGGCUUCAUGGAUUUUGCCGGCAGCGGCAUCGCCCACAUGACCGGCGGCGUCGCUGCGUUGGUGGGCGCUGCCAUGGCUGGGCCGCGCAAGGGACGCUUUGAACUGCCAGAGGACUACUUUGCUGCACAUAGUUUGCCCUUGGUGGUGUUUGGCACCCUGUACGGCUUCAAUUGCGGUUCCACUCUUGGCUUGAGUGACAUUGCCACGGGAUUUAUGGCUGCACAGGUGGCGAUGAACACCACCAUUGCUGCAGCAAGUGGUGGCAUCAGCGUCUUUGUAAUCCGAUACGUCAUCAAGAAGAAAUAUGACAUUGCCGGUAUGUGCAACGGCAUCUUGGCAGGCCUGGUAUCGAUCACGGCAGGAUGUGGCAACGUGGAAUGUGGUAGCGCUUGCUUCAUUGCCAUGAUCGGGGGCGCUGUGUACUUUGCAGCUUCGGAAGGGCUGAAGAUGCUGCAGAUCGAUGAUCCCAUCGACGCCUUCGCGGUGCACGGGGCGGCGGGUGCUUGGGGGGUGCUGGCGGCGGCCAUCUUCGACUGGGGGCGCGGCUUCGACCACUUCCAUGGCUGGAGUGGCUUUUCCUGUGUGACAGAGGAUGAUGGCACCUGCAUGAAGGGUGCCGCAGACGAUGGUCUCGCCGCCAACGUGGCGCAGAUUGUUCUGGUAUCCUUGUGGACCGCCUUUUGGUCCGCCCUCAUCUUCCUGCCGCUGCGGCUCUCUGGGAAGCUAAGAGUCUCGGAUGAAGCGCAAGACGAGGGAAUGGAUGCAAGCAAGCAUUGUCCUAAAGCGGCCUAUGACCAUGGGGAGGGUGGGGCAAAUGGUGUGAUCUACACCUCCAAAGUGAGCCCAAUCACGGAGCACCUGGAAUGA